AUGGCUGCCAACGACUACUUCAAUCCUCCGACAAACCGCCCAGAUGACUCGCAGACAUAUUAUUCGAGUUACAACCCAUCACAAACGCAAGCGCCUUCACUCCCGCCAUACACAUCACAUCCGCCAUCACGAACUCAGUCAACGAGACCGAACGACAUCUCCCCAGUCUCGCCAUUCGAAGCACCAUUCGAUGACCACGUCUAUCCUGCGCUGCAGCAAGGGAAACAGCCUCCCAAUGCGAGAUUUGACAGCCAGAGUACAAUCGGAGCGGAUUCAGCAUAUUAUGGUCAGGGAGGUGGUGGAAGGCAGGCCUCAACAAAUUCAUUUGCGGACGACAUCCCAUUACGAGAUCAUCCAGGAGGCCCCGAUGUACCGCCAAAGCAGAACAGUAUCGAUCAUGUCUACGAUGCGGCGGAUCCCAACGCUCCUGUGCGGCAGAAUACAGGCAAUCUAGAAGAAGGUACGCGGGAGAGAGGUCGCUUGACGGGGCUCUUGAAGAAAAAGAAGAAGAUACCAUUCGUAACCUACAUUUUUACCCUUGUCCAAAUCAUUAUCUUCAUCGUGGAGAUUGUAAAAAAUGUUCAGCUCACCGGAUCCCCCAUCAUGAUCAAGCCUCAGAUCAACCCGAUGAUCGGUCCCUCACCAUAUGUCACCAUAAACAUGGGCGCAAGAUACGUCUCUUGCAUGCACAACAUGGAGUACUUCCAAGAAUUGACCGACAUCAAUUCGUUCCCUUGCCCCAAUACCGUCGCGAAGAACGGCUCCGAUCGGCACACUGGGCAGCUGUGCAAUUUAGGACAGCUUUGCGGUUUCAACCUUGCCAACUCGUCAAUACCUGGGAUUGGUGCACCCAGCGGAACUGCGUUGGAAGACAAACACCAGCCUGAUCAGUGGUUCAGGUUUAUCGUUCCUAUUUUCCUUCACGCCGGAAUCAUCCACAUCGGGUUCAAUAUGCUGCUUCAAAUGACCUUGGGCCGCGAAAUGGAGAUGAUUAUUGGUUCCAUACGCUAUUUCCUGGUUUACAUCGCCAGCGGCAUCUUUGGAUUCGUUCUUGGGGGAAACUUUGCAGCUGAAGGCAUCGCUUCAACGGGAGCUUCCGGAUCGCUUUUUGGGAUUCUCGCCUUGACUCUUCUCGAUCUCCUGUACCACUGGGCAGAGCGGAUUUCACCAUGGAAAGACUUUGCGUUCAUCAUGUUGGAUAUAGCUAUAUCUUUCGUCCUGGGACUACUUCCUGGCCUCGACAACUUUUCCCAUAUCGGUGGAUUUAUUAUGGGCAUCGCUUUGGGCAUCUGCAUUCUGCACUCUCCAGCGUCAUUGCAAAAGCGUAUCGGACAGGAUCCACCUUACAGGCCUGUUCAUCAGAGUAAGAGUGAUGAUCACCUCAUCACCGGAACACAAGCAUUCGCCAAGGCGCCCGUUGGAUUCUUCAAGGGCCGUAAGCCAGCUUGGUGGGCUUGGUGGCUUGUUCGUGUGGCCUCCUUGGUCUUUCUCUUGAUUGUGUUCAUCUUACUCCUGACCAAUUUUUACAAGAGCAUCGAAAAACGCGCUACCUGUUCCUGGUGUAAAUACAUCACAUGCAUCGAUGUAAAUGAUUGGUGUGAUAUUGGCAAAAUCAAGAUAACGACAACCACAGCUGGAGUGCCUUCCGCAACAUUGGCGUCUACCCCCACAUCUAGCGUCUUAAAUAAACGCCUGAUACCCGCCGCUGUUGCUGCAGUGCCAACCCCUUUUUGA